AUGCAACGCACAAAUCCUGAAGGUCCCAAAUGUUCCAUGGACGGACCUCCUGGGUUCUUAUUCCGCAACCCCGCGCAAGAAACUGAAAGGAAACUUGGCAUCAAACUUCCAGCAGAUUAUGAAGAAUUUCUAAGUAUCAUGAAUGGUUUUGAGCAGAGCCGGGGCGACGAGGAGCAGAAUUCUGCAGGGAACAUAGGGGACUUUUUAAAGCUGGGAUGGUGUUUUGGUUACAUGGGCAUCUGGGGCGUGGCAUUGAUGACAACCUACCUCAGGCUUCACUGCCCACACAAGGGAACAGGUGGAAAAUCCCUGUUGAAUCGCCAACGACGAGGUUCUUCGGAUAUCAAUGCUGUCAAAACGCCUCCCACGUUGCUCUAG